UGUGAUUCGGAGUGAACUCAGGGAAGAAGUUUUUAAUUUUUGGCAAAAAGUAAUUAUCCUUCUUUGCUAUGUGGUGUCUUUUUUUGUUUUGAAGGAUUGGUUGAUCAUAGUUUAGGUUCAUUAAGAGAUUCAAUGUUAAUAUGUCGAACGAAAACAUUUGGUAUCAAACAACGAUAUCGUUAAAAGCGCGACCGAGAGGCGUUCACAACAUUACAGACGAAAUAAAGAAACUGCAGCAACUGAAGAAUUACAAGAUUGGUUUGGCAAAUUUGUGCUUGCAACAUACUUCAGCAAGUUUGAGUUUAAAUGAAUGUUGGGAUCCAACAGUGAGACGGGAUAUGGAAAUGAUGUUGAAUAAACUGGCACCUGAAACAGCACCGUAUAAACACACACUAGAGGGACCGGAUGAUAUGCCAGCUCAUGUCAAGACAAGCCUAAUGGGCGCCAGUUUGACAAUUCCCAUCACCGACGGUAGAUUAAAUCUUGGAACGUGGCAGGGAGUUUGGUUAUGCGAACAUAGAGAUCAUGCAAGUUCAAGAAAUAUCGUCGUUACCAUGCAAGGUGUUCGUAAAUGACUUGUUUUUUUCAGUACCUUGAUCAGUUUGAUGUAUGUGUUUGCAAAGAUUCCUUUGAAUAGAACACUGCUGGCGAUAUUCAAAUCAAUAUAUACACUGAGUAUGCUCACGAAAAUGAAAUAUAUCUUUAUUUUAUGAUAAA